AUGACGGUAAUAAGAAGACAGGUACUACCGGAGAAGGAUGGACGAGAAAUGUCAGAGAUGAAGGUAACAGGACAGGUAGUGCUGGAGAAGGAUGGACGAGAAAUGUCAGAGAUGACGGUAACAGGACAGGUACUACCGGAGAAGGAUGGACGAGAAAUGUCAGAGAUGACGGUAAUAAGAAGACAGGUACUACCGGAGAAGAACCGACGAGAAAUGUCAGAGAUGACUUUAAUAGGGAGACAGGUACUACCGGAGAAGAACGGACGAGAAAUGUCAGAGAUGACGGUUAUAAGAAGACAGGUACUACCGGAGAAGAACGGACGAGAAAUGUCAGAGAUGACGGUAAUAGUAAGACAGGUACUACCGGAGAAGGAUGGACGGGAAAUGUCAGAGAUGACGGUAAUAAGAAGACAGGUACUACCGGAGAAGAACGGAUGA